AUGGGAGACAUAUCCCCCACAUCGACAUCCAAUGGCGAGACCCCUCUAGGCACUGGCACUGGUUCAUCGGCGGCCAGUUCAACACUUCCCUCCGACCUGGAGGCUUUCACACUGUCCCGAUUCGACGAGUUGGUAGCCAAGGGCGAGCUGAUCUACGAACCUUCGACGGGAGAGAUUGUGGAAGACCAGGGGUUCAAGGCCGAAAUCCGCUAUGUACCACAUCUACGGCGCAAGCCGAUCAUCCCCUCGGACGCGCCGGAGCGCAAGACAGGACAAGGGCGGAACCCAUUUGUGAACCCGGAGCCUCAAUUCGUGCUGUGUGCGGUCGGGCCCGACCAUCUCCUGAUGCUGAACAAGUUCUGCGUGUACCGGCCCAGUCUGCUUCUGGUGACGCGCAAGUUCGUGCCGCAGUCCGACGGGCUGGACGGCAGCGACCUGGCGGCAGCCUGGGCACUGCUUCGGCACCCCAGUCUGUCGCGGCCGUACAUGAUGAUCUACAACUGCGGCUACGAGGCCGGCUCCAGCCAGGGCCACAAGCACAUGCAGCUGUGGGAAUACCCGGCCGAGAGCGAGCUCGGGUUCAAGCUGUUUCCCGAAAAGGCCGAGUCGGAGCUCACCAUCGCCAGCGACAUCGCCCACGUCCCGCACAAGCAUUUCGUCCUGCGGCUGCCCGAGGGUGCCGACGACGCCUGCCUCGUCCAGACGUACGGCCGGCUGCUCGGCGAGGUGCGCAAGGCUCAUGCAGCGGCCGGCGGAGGCUCGGCGUACAAUGUCAUCUUGGUCAAGGAGUGGAUGUGUCUGGUCCCCAGGCGCCAUUGUGGCCUGGAGAGAGGUGCUGGUUCCAAUGCCGCCGGCGUCGUUGGCAUGGUCUGGAUCUCGGAUCUUGCGGAGCGCCACACCUGGACGUCGCCAGGACUGAAGGAGUACUACGAGUACCUGGGCAUUCCGCAGUAG